CUUUUACCUAUUUUUUAUUUUAUUUUAUUUUAUUUUUAUCUUUUUUUGUUUUUGACAUUUAAGUUUGUCAGAUUAUAUACAUAUUUACAUUCAUAAUGAACUCUACAAGGCAUUCUACUGAUCCAGAGACAUAUUAUCGCAAACAUGAACGUAUUGGCAAGGGCUCAUUUGGUGAAGUUUACAAAGGGGUUGAAAUCAAGACAAAUAAACCGGUAGCCAUCAAAAUCAUUGAUUUAGAAAGUGCAGAAGAUGAAAUCGAUGAUAUUCAACAAGAAAUUGCCAUUUUAUCUCAAUUAGAUUCUUCUUUUGUGACAAAAUAUCAUGGAUCUUUUUUGAAGGGUACUGGAUUAUGGAUUAUUAUGGAAUAUUGUCAUGGAGGAUCUUGUAGUGAUUUGAUGAAAUCCGGGGCUAUCUCUGAAGCUCACAUUGCCAUUAUCAUUCGAGAACUACUGAAAGGAUUAGAUUAUCUUCAUGGUGAAGGCAAAUUACAUCGAGAUAUAAAAGCGGCCAAUAUAUUGCUCAGUUCUGAUGGUGGAGUCAAACUGGCUGAUUUCGGUGUCUCUGGUCAGAUCACGGCAACUUUGACGAAAAAGAAUACUUUUGUUGGAACUCCUUUUUGGAUGGCACCUGAAGUUAUUAAACAAUCUGGUUAUGACUACAAGGCUGAUAUUUGGUCACUUGGUAUUACAGCUAUUGAAUUAGCGAAAGGCGAACCUCCUUAUGCAGAUAUUCAUCCUAUGAAGGUCUUAUUCUUUAUUCCAAAAAAUCAACCUCCUACUCUUAGUGGUCCUUAUAGUAAAGCAUUCAAAGAAUUUGUCAGUAUCUGUCUUCAAAAGGAUGCAUCUCAGCGACCUUCUGCUAAAGAAUUACUCAAACAUAAGUUCAUAAAAACCAGCAAAAAGGUAGCAUAUCUUACUGAAUUGAUUGAACGUCAUCAUCAUUGGAAAAAUCAAGGCAACGGACAAGGUAGUGACUCUUCAGACGAAGAUGGAAAUGGUGAUUUAGAGGAUGGUGAUGGUUGGGACUUUGGUACGGUCAGACAAUCAGCUCCUCCUCCACCACGGUCUACUACAGUGCAAUCAGUUUUACCUUCAACACCCAGUCGAUAUUCUAUCGGUGGUUAUACUCCUCCAAAUGUCAAUACAACCACUAACACUUCUACUACAAAUUCUAAUGCUUCUACUGCUUCUAGUUCUUAUGGUCAAAAAGUCACAAGCAAGAAUCAAGUCCAACCCCUUUCACGUAACAACGAUAUCAACGCGGCUGUGCAAAAUCUGACUGUUCGUCAACAACAACAAUUGGAUGGUACCAUCACAUCGAAUCAGAACACGGUGCGUGCUGCCGCUGAAAAGUAUACCCGACAGACGCAGCAACAAUCUAUAAUUACUCAUAUGAAUCACCAUAACAACAAUGGGAACAACCACAGUAACAACAAUAACAACAAUAACAGCAGUAACAACAAUAACAACAGUAACAACAAUAAUAACAAUAGCAACAAUAAUCAUGAGCAUACAUCCAUACCUGCUGGGUUACCUCCAAGAACACCUUCUUCAAGAAGUAUUAGCACCAUCAAAAGUGAUACCAUUCUACGUGAUACCGUUGCUCCUAUGCUAGCCAAGUUACAAGCUGGAUGUCGCAAUCAUAAGAGUCAGGCCGCUCUUGAAUCACUACGAAGAGCUUUCCAAGUCGCUGAACGAGAAUGUCCUGGAACAACUCAAGUCCUAUUUGAAGAAGUCAAUAGAAUAUUACGAACAGAAUAAAAAUUUUUGAUUUUUAUAUAGGAUAGUCUCAUUUGUGCCCCUUAGUUACUUAGUUAGUUAGUCUAUGUUUGAUCCUCUUUCCUAUAUAUAUUUAUAUACCUUUGAAAAAUGAAAUAAACUAAUUGACCGUUGAUGGCUUGAUGAUGAUGAUGAUGAUGAC